UCGAGGAGGGAGGUUCAGAAGGAAAAGGAGUGGCCUUCUGCUGAUAGUCGCCCUCUCUGCCGGAGUAAAGUCUUCUCUCAGUGGCAGCUUACAGGAGGGAAAACAAACCAGAAGUUUUGAGAUACAGAGCAGGGAAGCAGAAAGAAGAAAAGACACAGCUGUCCUCAAAACCGCAUUCUCUCCCAGGCUGUAUGUGGGUUUUGUACAGUCAUGGCAUCAGCAGCUCCACCAAAAAGGAUGGUGUCCUCUGUCUUCAUCACUCUGGCAUCUCCUCACCGAGCCACUGUGACACCGCAGCAGCCCGUCCUCCAGGCUCACAGCGCCCCGGCUAAAGACAAGCAGCACACUGCUGUACGAGUCAGCCCCAGUGACAACAUCCCCACCGUCAGACAUAAGAAAGAGGACCACUCACAGUCUAAGCCCUCUGGCAGUGCGGACAGCACAGGCCGGACUCGUACAGGUGUCUCCGCCCGAGCUUCAGACCCUCAGAGUCCAAAACCUGCCCCACCUGGAGCCAGCAGAGGAAAGCUGCAAGAAGAGGGCAUGCAUGCUGAAGAGCUCUUCCCUCUUCCUCCUCCUCCUCCUCCUGCUGUUGCAUUGCUUUCAUCUCCUGGAACAUCGCUCUCUGAAGAAUCAGCUCUUCCACCACCUCCUCCUGCCCAGACGCCUCUCUCACACCCUCUGACCCCAGGCCAGCAGCCAGUUUACAACACAGAGGUGGAAACAAGCACACCAUCUAGUGGGUUGAAACAGGAUGAACAAUCCCAUGGGAUCCAUAAUAACGGCCAAGACACGAGCGGGGAGAGUCGAGAGGUGUGUGGCUUCUGUCGGAAACCCGUGGCUCUCUCUGAACCUGCAAUAGAGGCUUUAAACAGGACGUACCAUGAUGGUUGUUUCCAGUGUAGGUCUUGUCACAUUCCCCUGGCUGGUAAACAGUACUACAACAAGGCAGGAAUCCCCCUCUGUGAGGACUGCUACCAGGCCAGUCUGGAGCUUUGCUGGGCAUGUGGGGAGGCCAUCACAGAUCAUGUGAUCCGAGCACUGGAGCGAGCGUACCACCUUACUUGUUUCACCUGUGCAACAUGUAAACAGCAAAUUGGAGAGCUGCCUUUUGCUCAGGGAGAAGUUGGAGAGGUGUACUGCCUCCAGGACUAUUACAGGAAGUAUGCUCCGAAUUGUCACGCCUGCAACCAGCUAAUUAUCCCAAAAGAGGAUGGUACUGACAGCUAUAAUGUUAAAUGCCUGGGACGCUCCUACCAUGAGAACUGCUACAGAUGUGAGGUCUGCGUCAUCCAGCUCUCUCCUGAACCAAAUGACCACGGCUGCUAUCCUUUGGAUGGUAGGUUGCUUUGCAAAUCCUGCCAUCUGAACCUGGUCUCUGCCCAGCACUAACACCGGCCUCACAGCCCGGGAUACACUGCAGCUGAUGGAAAAGUGCCACGAGUCCAGGUUCAAAGUCGUGGAAGACUCAAACGUCACACACCUUUUUUCCAGCAGAAAAAUAAUGAAAUAUGGCUUUUUUUAAAAAAGAUUUUUUACAAUAUAUCAUGCUCUCUGAGGAUCCUCCUUUUCUUCUUUUAUACUUGAUCAUUUUGCACUCCAUAAACUACAAAAUGCACCAAAUAUAUUUAUGCAACAGCCUUUGCGAAAACGUACGGCAAGCAUUAUUAAGAACUUUGUAAAUCUCAGUCAGUGUACUGUUUCUCAACUGCAUUACCACUUUAUAUAAAAAAAACUAUCUAGAAAAAACAAACUUUAUAUAAAAGUAACCUAAUAUAUUUUAUCUUGAGGCAGGCUCCAACAUAACAUUUGUUAAAUUACACACACACGAUCAACAAGUAUUGACAAGUGGAAAAAAAGAUGACAGUUUCACUCACAGUAGUGUAAUUGAUUUAAAAAACAGAACACAGACGUUAGAGCUUAUAUGAAAUAAAGUGUAACAGAGCAUAAUGGAGCAUCCUAAAGCACCAAAAUUUUGAUUACAUCCACUGUUUUUAAAGGUCCACUGUGUAGGAUUUAGCGGCAUCUAGUGGUGAGGUUGCAGAACUGAAACUUUUCUGGUGUGCCAGGCGUGUAAGGGAACUACUGUGGCCAACGCAAAAACUGGAAUGGCCUUAUCUAGAGCCAGUGUUUGAUUUGUCCAUUCUGGGCUACUGUAGAAACAACAUGGUGGAAUUUGUGGAAGAGGACUCACUCCACAUGUAGAUAUAAACGGCUCAUUCUAAGGAAACAAAAACACAACGUUUUGUAUUUUCAGGUGAUUAUAAACUAAUGAAAACAUAGUUAGAAAUAUGAUAAAUCAUUUGUGCUAAAAGAUACCCCUAAAUCCUUCACACUGAACCUUUAACUCAUAAAGAUCUUCACUGGACUACAGGGCCUUAUAUUUGUCUUUUUUUUUUGCCUCAACACUAGAUCUAUUCACAUUGAUUUGACAUUACAAUCUUAAAAUCUCAUUCAGAUCCCAGUCAAGUUAUUGCAUUAUUUAUAUUGUGUAUCUCAAAUGACAUGUCUUUGUAAUUAUAUUUCUUUGUAUUGAAAACAUUUUUUACAAUAUUUUCUGGAAAACAUGUUUUUGGCAUUUCUGUUUUAUUCACCACACUUUUAUUGUACUUGGUAAAUGUUGUCUUUUAAGUGAGAUUUAACUUUUGUACGUGAUGAAAAGUUGAAUUCAUACAGAAUAAAAUACAUCUCUGCUCUUUUCAUA